AGCCAGUUUCUGCUCAGGGAGGACUUUGACGGCAGACAGGUGCACCAGCAGGACGGUCGAGAAUCCCUGAUACCAAAGGCUUUGUCCAGGAUGCAAACCUUGGUGACGUUGUGCGCUCUUCUCUCGCUCCUCUUCUCUGUUCAUGCAGAUGUUGUGGAGCGUUUUGAGGAUGUGCCAGAAUGCAUGAGUUACUUCUAUAAAGAGAAGGUGCCAGAGUUGGGGGCUUCUACACCCGGUGCUGCCCAUCUCUGUCAGCGCUUCAGCAACAGGUUCUACUUCGCCACGCUGUACGACACAAACCAUCGCAUCGCCGUCUACUCUGCCUAUCACUUCCAGCCCAGCAACGGAGGCGGCAGGGAGAAAAGGUGGUUUGUAGAGCCUCAGCUGGUGAACAAGUCCUGGCAAGCAGAGAUGAAGGACGGUUACUGGCUGGGGAAGGACUACCCUGGGGUCUACCAAGGAGAGAAACAGGCUCUGAAUGAGGAUUACACUCACUCCGGCUUCGACCGAGGUCACCUCAACCCCAACGGACACCACGCAGUCCCUAGCCGCAAUGCCACCUUCACCUUGACCAACGUGGUCCCUCAGAACCGCAAGCUGAACCAGAACGCCUGGAGGAUCCACGAGUCCCAGCUCACCGACCUUUUCCGGGCCAAGUGCUCUAAGGCCUUCGUGCUGGUCGGCGCCGUUCCCUCCAAAGACAACUGGAUCGUGAAAAACAACGUGAAGCGUGUCAACAUCCCGGACUACAUUUGGAACGCCUACUGCUGUGUGGACAACAAUGGUCGACCCGUUGAGAGCGGCGCUGGCACCGCAAGGAACACGGAGGACAACUGGGUGGAGAAGCUCUCAUUGGAUGAACUGGGAGAAUUCUUCCAGCAGUUCUCUAAUCAGCCAGUAGGGGAGCUGUUUUACAACAACUGCAGGGUGUAAGAGAUAAAAAAAAAGAAUGACAAAAUAAUUGUAGAGCUUUACUGUUGUUGACAUGGUGCAUGUUAGCAUUUAACAGCUCGAAGCCUAAUUAAUCCCUUAUUAUUAUUCUCAUUCAACCACAAAUAGAUAAAUAAAAACAAAUAAAUA